GAACGCGCCGGGAGCGUCCCGGAGCCGGGAGCGCGCCCCGCGGAUGACAACAAAUUCGACGCGCGGCGGCGGUGGCGGAGUCCGCCUCGGUACCUGCCUCAGGCCCUGUCGCCUCCCCGCGUGUCCUCUUGCAUCCCCUCUCCGUGCCGAGUAGGAUCCUCCCGGAGGUCCCCCGGGCCCGGGACGACGGGGACGCCCCCGCGCCUGGUCUCCGCCGGGCCUAUUGCGAGCGACGCGGCACCAGCGAUGGGGUCGCCCUGAGGGACGCCCGGCGCCGAGCGGGCAUGGAGGGGCCGUCCCGGGCUUAGGCCCCGCCGCGGACCGGGGACGCCGGCCGGGACCCGAGGCGCGACCGCAGCGGCCUGGAGCCGGAGCCUGGGCCCCAGGGCAGGAGUCGCCGCCUGUAGACCCCGCGGGCCCCGCGGCCAGCCGUCAUCAUGCCUUGGCCGUUUUCGGAGUCCAUCAAGAAGAGGGCCUGUCGGUACCUCCUGCAGCGGUACCUGGGUCACUUCCUGCAGGAGAAGCUGAGCCUGGAGCAGCUCAGCCUGGACCUGUACCAGGGCACCGGCUCCCUCGCCCAAGUCCCCCUGGACAAAUGGUGUCUCAAUGAGAUCCUGGAGUCGGCAGAUGCACCUUUAGAAGUCACUGAAGGAUUCAUACAGUCAAUUUCUCUGUCAGUUCCAUGGGGCUCCUUGUUACAGGAUAAUUGUGCACUGGAAGUCAAAGGGCUAGAAAUGGUCUUCCGGCCUAGACCUCGCUUAGCAACUGGUUCUGAGCCUAUGUAUUGGUCAAGUUUCAUGACCAGCAGUAUGCAAUUGGCAAAAGAAUGUCUUAGCCAGAAAUUAACAGAUGAACAAGGAGAAGGAACCCAGCCUUUUGAAGGACUUGAAAAGUUUGCUGAAACCAUUGAAACAGUACUGAGAAGAGUAAAAGUCACUUUUAUAGACACUGUCUUGAGAAUUGAACAUGUGCCAGAAAAUUCCAAAACUGGAACUGCACUUGAAAUUCGAAUAGAAAGUGAGGAAACUGAGCCAAAGCUGUCACCUAGCUGGAAUCCCAAAAUUGUCUAUGAGCCACACCCACAAUUAACUAGAAAUUUGCCAGAGAUGGCUCCCUCUGACCCCGUGCAGAUUGGAGGGCUGAGCGGUAGGUUGGAGUUGAGUCUCACACUGAAACAGAACGAAGUACUCCCUGGAGCUAAGCUGGAUAUUGAUGGACAGAUAGACUCUAUUCACCUAUUCCUGUCACCAAGGCAGGUGCACUUGCUUUUGGACAUGUUAGCCGCUGUCGCCGGACCAGAAAAUUCCGGCAAAAUAGGCUUAGGUAGUAAAGACAGGAAAAACCGCCCUAUGCAGCAGGAAGACGAAUAUCGAAUUCAGAUGGAAUUGAACCGGUAUUAUUUGAGGAAGGAUUCCCUCUCCGCGGGUGUAUCUUCAGAGCAAAGCUUUUACGAGACAGAAUCUGCUCGCACACCUUCCAGCCGUGAAGAAGAAGUUUUCUUCUCCAUGGCCGACAUGGACAUGUCCCAUAGUCUCUCUUCUCUUCCACCCCUUGGAGAUCCUCCAAAUAUGGACCUCGAGUUAUCGUUAACUAGUACGUACACAGACACUCCGGCAGGAUCUCCAUUAAGUGCUACUGUGCUUCAGCCCACGUGGGGAGAUUUCCUUGAUCAUCACAAAGAGCAGCCAGUGAGGGGGUCAGCACCCCCAUCCGCCCUGGGUCCCCCUCCCGCUUUACAGAAAACGUCUCUCCCAUCUAGAUCUGUUUCAGUGGAUGAGUCCAGGCCCGAACUUAUUUUCAGACUAGCCGUGGGAACCUUCUCGGUCUCCGUGCUUCACAUCGAUCCUUUGUCUCCACCCGAAACGUCAGUGAACCUUAAUCCGUUGACGCCUCUGGCGACAGCUUUCUUCACGUGCGUAGAAAAGAUUGACCCAGCAAGGUUUUCAACAGAUGAUUUGAAAUCUUUCCGAGCAGUUUUUGCAGAAGCUUGCAAACACGAUCACCUUAGAUUUAUAGGUACUGGCAUCAAAGUGUCCUAUGAACAAAGACAAAGAUCAGCUUCCCGAUAUUUUAGUACUGAUAUGUCCAUUGGGCAGAUGGAACUUUUGGAGUGCCUGUUUCCAACUGAUUAUCAUUCUGUUCCUCCUCACUACACAGAGCUUUUAAUGCUCCAUUCCAAAGAGCAAGCGGAUUCCCAUGCCCCUGUGUGUCUUCAGCUUCAUUAUAAGCACUCUGAGAAUAAGGGACCCCAGGGUAAUCAAGCGAGACUUAGUUCUGUUCCUCAGAAGGCAGAAUUACAAAUUAAGUUAAAUCCAGUGUUUUGUGAGCUGGAUAUCAGUAUUGUGGACAGAUUAAAUUCCUUGCUUCAACCACAGAAACUUACUACAGUGGAAAUGAUGGCGUCUCACAUGUAUACUUCAUACAAUAAACAUAUUAGUCUGCACAAGGCUUUCACUGAAGUAUUUCUGGAUGAUUCACAGAAUCCUGCAAACUGUCGGGUAUCAGUCCACGUUGCCACUCCGGCAUUAAACCUUUCUGUUCGCUUCCCAAUACCUGAUCUUCGCUCAGAUCAGGAAAGAGGACCGUGGUUCAAGAAGUCACUUCAGAAGGAGAUCCUUCACUUAGCAUUCACAGAUCUAGAAUUUAAGACGGAAUUUAUAGGAGGAUCAACCCCUGAACAGAUUAAAUUGGAACUUACCUUUAGAGAACUAGUUGGGUCCUUCCAGGAAGAUAAAGGAGAACCAUCUAUGAAGUGUUUCCAUGUGUCUAGUGGAGUGGAUGGAGACACAGCAUCGUCAGAUGACUUUGAUUGGCCGCGAAUUGUACUGAAAAUAAACCCGCCAGCCAUGCAUUCCAUUCUGGAGAGAAUAGCGGCUGAGGAAGAAGAGGGUGAGGGCCGCUACCAGGAAGAGGAGGAAGGAGGCGCUCAUUCCCUGAAGGACGUGUGUGACCUGCGGAGGCCCGCCCCCUCGCCCUUCUCUUCCCGCAGAGUCAUGUUUGAAAACGAGCAGAUGGUGAUGCCGGGAGACCCCGUGGAAAUGACAGAGUUCCAGGACAAAGCAAUCAGCAACUCCCACUAUGUGCUGGAGCUUAUGCUGCCCAGCAUUCAUGUAACACUACCUAAUAAGGGUUUUUAUGAGAAGCUGUAUAAUAGGAUCUUUAAUGACUUGCUGCUUUGGGAACCAACCGCUCCUUCACCAGUCGGGACAUUUGAGAAUAUCUCAUAUGGUAUUGGUCUUUCCGUAGCCAGCCAACUGAUUAAUACCUUCAACAAAGAUAGUUUUAGCCAAUUUAAAUCUACAGUGCACUAUGAUGAGGAAAGUGGGUCUGAGGAGGAGACCUUGCAGUACUUUUCUACUGUUGACCCCAACUACCGUUCCCGUAGGAAAAAAAAACUCGACUUUCAGAACAAGAACGCACAAAGUUUCCUCUCUGUUCUUCUGAGUGUUAAUCAUGGAUUAAUGGCCGUGUUUACAGAAGUAAAGCAAGAUAAUGGAGAUCUGUUGGAAAAUAAGCAUGGUGAAUUCUGGUUAGAGUUCAACAGCGGCUCCUUGUUUUGUGUGACAAAGUAUGAAGGCUUUGAUGACAAGCACUACAUCUGCCUUCAUUCGAACAGUUUCAGUCUAUACCACAAAGGCGUGGUGGACGGAGCGAUUCUCCCUGCAGAAACACGACUGCCCAGUCCAACCCGCCCCCAUUGGUUGGAACCUACUAUUUAUUCCUCCGAAGAAGAUGGCGUCAGUAGAGCUGCGUCAGACGGUGGUGGAGGAGACCCUGUGAAUAUGCUCUCUGUCGCAGUGAAAAUACUGUCUGAUAAGUCGGAGUCCACCAAGGAGUUUCUCAUUGCUGUGGGACUGAGAGACGCCACCCUCCGGCACCGGAUGCUUCCGUCUGGGCUCAGCUGGCACGAGCAGAUUUUAUACUUCUUGAAUAUUGCUGAUGAGCCCGUCCUGGGAUAUAAUCCUCCCACUUCAUUUACAACUUUUCACGUUCAUCUCUGGAGCUGUGCACUUGACUAUAGGCCUCUUUAUUUGCCCAUCCGGUCUGUCCUCACUGUGGAAACGUUCAGUGUGUCGAGCAGCGUGGCCUUGGACAAAUCGUCAUCCACUCUCAGAAUAAUCAUGGACGAAGCUGCUUUGCAUCUGUCCGACAAGUGUAACACUGUUACUGUAAAUUUGAAUAGAGAUUAUGUUCGUGUCAUGGAUAUGGGGCUUUUGGAACUAACCAUCACUGCGGUGAAAUCUGAUUCUGAUGGAGAGCAAAGCGAGCCACGCUUUGAGCUGCACUGUUCCAGUGACGUCGUCCAUAUCAGAACAUGCUCGGACUCCUGUGCUGCGUUAAUGAACCUCAUUCAGUACAUCGCAAGCUACGGGGACUUACGUGCAGCUGCCAAGGCGGAACCGGAGCCUGGAGCCCCUGAGAGAGAGAUGCAGGUAGAUUCCAGUGGUCGCUCAUCCUCACGGGGCCCGGUGCUUCCUGAAGCAGAUCAGCAGAUGCUGCGGGAUUUGAUGAGCGAUGCCAUGGAGGAGCCUGACCUGCAGCAGGCCGCCGCGUCCGCACACGCGCAGUCGAAUGGUGUUUUGAAUGAAAAAUGUCAUCUUCAGGAGCCAUGUUGUUCAGACCUCUUCCUGUUUCCAGACGAGAGUGGGAACGUGUCCCAGGAGCCUGGCCCUGCGCACACCUCGCUCACGCACCACUUGAUCAGUGACGUGAUGACCGGUGCGCCCGCUGAGAAUGACGACUUUUGCAUCCUUUUUGCACCGAGAGCGACCGUUCAGGAGAAGGAAGAGGAACCAAUUGUAAAAAUGAUGGUGGACGAUGCGAUCGUGAUAAGAGAGAAUUACUUUAGUCAGCCCGCUCAGAAGACAGACACCAGCAAAGCCCCUCUGCACUUCCCCGUCCCUGUGGUCCGGUACGUCGUUAAGGAAGUCUCUCUUGUUUGGCAUCUGUAUGGAGGCAAGGAUUUUGGAACAGUCCCUCCUACUUCUCCAGCUAAAAGUUACAUCAGCCCUCACAGCUCGCCUUCUCACACACCCACGAGGCACGGACGCAACCUGGUGUGUGGGGGGAAGGGAAGGAACCAUGACUUUCUAAUGGAAAUACAGUUAAGCAAGGUGAAGUUCCAGCACGAGGUCUACCCCCCCUGCCCGCCGGCGUGCGACCCCAGCCUCGCGGAGCACCCGGUGUCCCGCCAGGUGCUCACCGUGCAGGACCUCGAGAUCCGGGACCGCCUGGCGACGUCGCAGAUGAACAAGUUUCUGUACCUGUACUGCAGCAGGGAGAUGCCCCGGAAGGCCCGCUCCAGCAUGCUGACGGUGAAGGCGCUACACGUGCGCCCGGAGGCGGGCAGGUCGCCCCAGGAGUGCUGCCUCCGCGUGUCGCUGAUGCCCCUGCGCCUCAACGUGGACCAGGACGCCUUGUUCUUCCUGAAGGAUUUCUUCACCAGUCUUUCUACAGAAGUAGAGCUUCUGAUGGCUCCAGAUCCAGAAGUCAGAAAGUCUCCCGGAGCGGACGUCCCCAGCGGUUUGCCCAGGCACGUCAGCGCCUCGAAGGAGCCCAACCUCGUUCUUUCCUUCCCCGGGCCGAAGCAGCCUCCGCAGGACGGCAGGGCCAGCCCGGGGGCAGCGGCCGCCAGGGAGGGACAGAAGGACUUCUCGGCCGAGGAGGCACCAUUUAGUGAUCAGCCGGUGUUUUUUAGAGAAUUUAGAUUCACAUCAGAAGUUCCUAUUCGACUUGAUUAUCACGGCAAACACGUGUCAAUGGAUCAGGGCACGCUGGCUGGGCUCCUGAUCGGGCUGGCGCAGUUGAACUGCUCGGAACUGAAGCUGAAGCGGCUCUUCUACCGGCACGGCUUGCUGGGCGUGGACAGGCUGUUCUCGUACGCCGUCGCCGAGUGGCUCACGGACAUUAAGAAGAACCAGCUGCCGGGGCUCCUGGGAGGCGUCGGGCCCCUGCACUCGCUUGUGCAGCUGGUGCAAGGCCUGAAGGACCUGGUCUGGCUGCCCAUAGAGCAGUACCGGAAGGACGGGCGCCUGGUCCGCGGGUUCCAGAGGGGCGCCGCCUCCUUCGGCACCUCCACGGCGAUGGCUGCGCUCGAACUCACGAACAGAAUGGUUCAGACUAUACAGGCAGCAGCAGAGACUGCUUAUGACAUGGUGUCUCCUGGGGCCCUUUCUAUCGAGCCCAAGAAGACCAAAAGGUUUCCUCACCACCGCCUCGCCCACCAGCCAGUGGACCUGCGGGAAGGUGUGGCCAAAGCCUACAGUGUUGUCAAAGAGGGACUCACAGACACAGCUCAGACCAUUUACGAGACCGCGGCCCGGGAACACGAGAGCAGAGGCGUCACGGGCGCCGUGGGCGAGGUCCUGCGCCAGAUCCCCCCCGCGGUGGUGAAGCCGCUCAUCGUCGCCACGGAAGCGACCUCCAACGUGUUGGGCGGCAUGAGGAACCAGAUCAGACCCGACGUCCGGCAGGACGAGUCCCAGAAAUGGCGCCGCGGGGAAGACUGACCCCCUACGCGACCCUCGGGCCGGUGAUGCGGGGGAAGUGAGCGUGGCGCCCGCCGGCAGCUUCGGGGGCUCCUCGCGUGCAUUGUGCUCAUCUCAGGAACAAAAGCGCUUCUUAGCUAAAUAAUUUAAUAUAAAAAGAACACUCAACCAAAAACUUGUGACAUUUUAGGGCUAGUUUGGUACUUGCCUGUAGCAGUGUUUGGUGGCUGGUGUCAGGAGUCCUCCGGCACUCGCCGCCAGCUGUGCAGAAUGCUUGCUUUUAGGGACACGGCUAGAACUCUGCUGGCGGGAGACGAGAGGCUGGGAGCCUCCGGUCACGGCACCGAGUGCCCCGAAACUUGGCGCUUUGAGAGCUCGCUUCUGUUGCCCCGAGGAGUUGAUUUCCCUCGAGGCUUAAAAAGAAUCACAGCUUCGAGACUUUCCUUGAGAAUGAGAGCCCGAAGCCACAGGGAAAUGCGAAGCGAAUCGAUUUGCAUACAGGUAUCCCUGGGGAGUAGCUAACCUCGUCUGUCGGAGGCCGUGUCGUGCACCGAGAUCGGGAUUUCCGUCUCCCCAGGAAACCUCUCUGUGGGAGUUUGAGGACGUGAAUGUGCAGACGUGUUCUGUUGUGUUGCACUUUAUCCUCCGUGUGCGUGUGUGCGCGUGUAGAUUAGUACCAGUCAUGUGAUACGUUCGUUACGUAAUUUCCAGAUCUUCACAAAAUACAAAGAGGAGUGAGACUAAAUGUUUUUGGCAAAAGAAGCUAAUAAGUGUAACGACUUCCAUUUAAGUGUAAGUGACGAUGUGCAUUCUGUAACGAACUGGGGCCCAUACGACUGUUUGUAUGUCCAGUUUCAAGCAGGUGUGGAGCAGGCUGGGUGGGAACGUGCGGACAGGGAGACUGGGAAUGACCACCUUUACUCUCGUGAAAGUAACCAAAAAUCCUCCAGAUACGCCCUAGUCAGCGAUUUCGAAGUACCGUUUUUACUGGGUUAACAAUGUAUGUUUUGAUAACCUGUCAGGAAUGAAUAAAGUAUUUUUAUUUAAAGGUAAAA